CGAGUGCGGCCGCAUUGUUUGGAGUGAAGGUAUGAUGAUAUAUAUGCUUUCAUGACAGUCAAUGGAGAUAUAUUCUCAUAAUUCUGGUCGUUGGGAAAAGCAAUUCUCACCGAGAGCCGGACUCAAUGGAUGUCCCCGAAUUGACCCAGUCACGAUGGGAGUGUUUGCUCUCGAUUCACCCUGAGAAGAAGCAAGCACUAGAACUCCUAGUAGUGAAGGUCUAAUAGGACGAAGGAUGGCUGCGUCAUCAUGUACCGUCGCCCACCCCUAAACCGGAACCCUUAACUAGGAUCCCGAUUCGACGAAUGAGACGGAUCGACACAAGCCACUGAUCUUAAGCUUCCCCGGACAUCGUGUUCCCUCCCUUCAUCUUAGUAGCUUUCCCCCCUCGGAUGCGUAGCAAAUUGUCACGGUAUGCAUGCGUAUCCUGUCACUGUCACAGCAUCUCGGAGAUGUUCCAGCCGAGGACGAUCAGCUUCCUUAGUACCCUACAUCUCUCCACAGAUGCACGAUUCAUACGCGCGCAAUCUUCGAGAAUAAUAAGGGAGACAGGGAAUGGAGAAAUGGCGAGACUAUGUCGUAUAUUGGGGUCUCUAUCUGAUUGCCCUGAUUCUAAUGGCGCUGCGAAUUGUCUCAAGGAUUUCAGUUCGCGAGCGCCUGAGAGCCGAUGAUUACUUUGCCUUUUCGUCGUUUGCUCUCCUCUCGGUUGAAACGGCCAUCCAUACAGCCGUCACCGUAUAUCGACGCGCUUUCCGUAGCGCAAAGCAGCGCAGAUUUUGGACAUGCUUUGUCGAACAGCCCAGCCUUGCGGGACGAUGUGACAUUGGUGAUCCAAUAUGCUUUUGUGUGUAACCUCAAUUCCGUAGAUGUCAUGCACAUGUUAAUGCAGUUGUUCGAAC